UCAGGGUGGGAAUUUGAAUCAUUCUACCUAACACAAACAAGAAAAAAAACAAUAUAAAGAAAAAGUAAGAAAGAAGACAGAAGAGCUGUGGGAAUUAUUUCUUACUUUUAAGCCUCUGGAAGAGUCCCAGAGCAGAAGAAUCAACUCUCUCCGCCUCCCUCUUCCCUCCCAUUACUCUCCUCCUCUGCCUAACCCAGAACACUCAGCCAUCCAUGAGUGGGACCAACUCCUCUGCCUAUCGAUCGGAGCGUAGUUUUCACCAGACUUCAUCCUCAUCCUCAUCUUCCAGUAACCCAUACAUGGAGAAGAGCCGGGGACUGUUUGCCGAGGACUUUGGCUCCUUCAUGAGGCCUGGGAGUGACGCUCUGGGGUUUUCCAGUAGCUCUGGAAAUAUCAAGACUCUUGGGGAUUCGUACCAGUUCACAGUUGACGUGCAAGACUUCUCCCCUGAAGAUGUCAUCGUCACCACAUCCAACAACCAGAUUGAAGUUCAUGCGGAAAAGUUGGCACAGGAUGGUUCGGUGAUGAACACGUUCACACACAAGUGCCAACUACCUGAGGAUGUGGACCCCACCUCAGUGACAUCAUCACUGGGCGCAGAAGGGACCCUAACAGUCAAAGCACGGCGACUACCGGCCAAACACGAGCUCGUGCAGACCUUCCGCACCGAGAUCAAGAUAUAAAGAACUGACCCGCUUUCUCAUCACAAACUUCUCACUUUUUUUGUUCUUAUGCUUCUUCCUUAUUUCCUGUCUUUACUUAAACCAUUCUACUUUAAAAACUCAGCAGAGAGUUGGCACUAUGCUCUAUAAAACAUGCCAGGUCCUCCAUCUCCAUGUCUGCAACAAUGCUGCUCUUGAGUUAGUUCAACAUACACAGCAGCAGUAGGUCAAACCUGCAGGUUCUCACACACACACACACACACACACACACACACACACACACACACACACACACACACACACACACACACACACACACACAGAGAGACACACACACACACACACAGUACUUGUGUGUUGUCCUCUAACACAGUUCUUAAAAAAUGAAGACUCACCUAACAAAUUGAUGGUUACCACAUUAAUAAUAAUUUGUAAUAUAUCACAUUUGUGUGAAUAAAGUAAUCCUGCUUUGACAUAAACAUGUGAACUAUUUCAUUGAUUUAGAUCGGGACUAAAGUAUAGUUUAAGCUACCAAUGGAGAGUUGACAAUCUAUAAGAAACGUACAAAUCUUGAGUAUUUAAAAAAAACAUUUUUGUAAGGGCGAAUAUAGCUGGUAAUGUCUUGAGUAUUUCCUCCCUUGUGUAUAAUGAAUGCAUUUAUAGAGAAGGCUUUUAAACAACAUUUAGGGUUUCAUCUUGGAGAAAUCUUCUUUUUUUAAAACAGCUGAAAGUGUAAAUAAUUGGAAAAUUCAAUAUAGUUAUACAAAUAAAAAAAAUAAAAAUAUGGGCUUGAAGGUGAGUAGGCAGUAAACAGCACAAGGCAAUCUAUUCUGUUCUGAAAAUCAGUACGAAAGCUCAGAGGUGAUUCUAUUCAGUGUUUUGUGUGUUUUGUCUGUCCUGUUUCCAUGAGAAAAUAAUUUUGAAAGCUCUUUUCAAUCUAAAAUAAUUUUGACAGCUU